GCACUCUCGCGGUAACAAGGAAGGCCGGACCGGGUCCAGAGAUCGUCGUAGUCGCUCUCGCGAGCAUCGUCAUAGUCACCGACAUUCUGAGCGUGAUAGAGACUCUUUUGGGUACGGUUACAGAGAACGAGAUGACUCUAGUAGGAGGCAGCGCAGGAAAGAAAU